AUGUCACCUUUUCUUUCUCUCCGUCUGUCUGUUAGUCUAUCUUUUAAAGGGAACACUUUAUCGUCUGUUUCUUCCAUUUUCCUUCUUCGCUGUAUCGUUCUCUUUAUCUAUUCAUUUCUACUUGAUCUCCAUCGGUGUGUUAAACUUUUCUUUCUUUCUUUCUUUCUUUUUUUCUUUCUUUCUUUCUUUCUUUCUUUCUUUCUUUCUUUCUUUCUUUCUUUCUUUCUUUCUUUCUAUGUUUUCUUCUUCUUCUUCUUCUUCUUCUUCUUCUUCUUCUUCUUCUCCCUCCUCCUCCUUCUUCUUCCUCCUCCUCCCCUUCUUCCUCCUCCUCCUCCUCCUCCUUCUUCCUCCUCCUCCUUCUUCCUCUUCUUCCUUCUCCUCCUCCCCCUUCCUUUUCUUAUUCCUCCUCCUCCUUCUUCUUCCUACUUCCCCUCCUUCUUCUUCUUCCUCCUCCUCCUCCUUCUUCUUCCUCCUCCUCCUCCUCAUUCUUCUUCUUCCUCCUCCUUUCUCUUCUUCUUCCUCCUCCUCCUUCUUCCUCUUCUUCUUCCUCCUCCUCCUUCCCCCAUCCUCCUCCUUCUCCUCCUUCUUCUUCCUCCUUCUCCUUCUUCUUCUUCUUCUACGAUUGCUCCUUACUCUCCCAACCCCAGCGGGCUCUCCUCCUUCCAGAGCUCUUGUUUACCCAACACUAUUCCUCUACCUCAAGUCUUCAUCCAUUCAGCAAUGCACACUCCUAUUCAAAUUGCUCUUCCGUCCUUACUCAAGACCGUCACAAUAGCAAGCGCAGUCAUACCCACGACAGCGGCACCUAAACUCCCUUCUCUCUCUCUCUCUCUAAUCUUUAUUUCUCAUCCUCUUCCUACCGCUCAUUAUCUAUCUGUCUCACUUAUCUCUCCCUCCUCUCUCAAACUGUCACCAUUUUAUUCCACCUUAUGUCUUCUUCUUCUUCUUCUUCUUCUUCUUCUUCUCUCUGUUAUGUCCGCCAUCUACGCCGUCUGUCAACAUUUAUUUUUCUCUCUUUUUACCAAUUAUAAACUACGUCUUUUUCCUCAUUAUCAUUUCCUUCCCCCUCUCACUCUCUCCUCUUCAUCAUCCCCCUCGCUUCGUCAUAAUCUCUCUCCUCAUCCUCAUUUUCUUCCUCCCUCUCUCUUUCUCUCUCUCUAUCAUUAUUUCACUCAUCUCUCUCCUUAUUCCCUUCAUCUAUCUUUCUCUAUCAAAAUCUCCCUCCUCUGUCUCAUCCGUUAUCACCUUCUCCCUGACGUAAUCUACCCAUCUUUCCUCGUCAUUAUUUUCCUCUUUCUCUUUUUUCUCUUUUCUUCAUCAUUACUCUUCUCUCCGUCAUCCUUUUCAUCUGUCUCUCCUUCUCUCCCUGUCGUAAUCCCACACGCGCUUUUCUUUAUCAUCCCUCGCCUCUCCGUUAUCCUUUUUCCAUCUCUCACUCUCCUCGUCAUAAACCUACUCUCCCUCUCUCUCUUUUCUUCAUCAUACCUCCUCUCUCCGUCAUCAUUUUUCCAUCUCUCUCUCUCUCACUCUCCCUCUCUCUCUGACCGUCAUAAUCCCCCUCUCUCUUACUUUUCUCUUUUCUUUAUCAUCCCUCGCCUCUCCGUCAUCCUUUUUCCAUCUCUCACUCUCCUCGUCAUAAACCCACUCUCCCUCUCUCUCUUUUCUUCAUCAUACCUCCUCUCUCCGUCAUCAUUUUUCCAUCUCUCUCUCUCUCACUGUCAUAAUCCCUCCCUCUCUCUCUUUCUUUUUCUUCAUCAUUUCUCCUCUCGCCGUAAUUAUUUUCCAUUUCUUUUACUCCCCCUCAUACUCCACCUCUCUCUCCCUUUCUUUUUUUUUCAUCAUUCCUCUUCUAUCCAUCAUCAUUUUUCCAUCUUUCUUACAGCCCGUCAUAAUCCCCCUCUUUCUCUCUUUCUCUUUUCUUCGUCAUUCUUUCUCUCUCCUUUUCCAUCUCCCUUACUCUUCGUCAUAAUCCCCCCCUCUCUCUCUUUCUUUUACUUCAUCAUUCAUCUUCUCUCUGUCAUAAUAUUCUCUCUGUUACACCCUGUCAUAAUCCUCCUCCCUCUCUUUCUUUGUUCUUCAUCAUUCCGCUUCUCGCUUGCCUUCAUCUUACUAACCACCACCACCACCACCUAUGUUCCCAUUACGAUUUCUUCUUCUCUCUUAUUCGUCAGUGUGGGUGAAUCCAGACAGGCCGGCUUAAUCAGGCACAUCCAUCGAGGAUCCGGAAAAUACAACACGAAGUAUGAAGGUGGGAGCAGAGAGAGAGAGAGAGAGAGAGAGAGAGAGAGAGAGAGAGAGAGAGUCACGCUUCACUUAUUCAUUCAUCUAUUUUGCUCUCCUCCUCUCCAUAUUAUUAUUUUUCUCUCUAGCUCUCUCUCUCUCUCUCUCUCUCUAUCUAUCUAUCUAUCACUAGUUCUCUCUUAG